AUGGCUAAAAAGAUUUCAAAAAGAAGUAGAGCGGCAAGAAGAGGUGAAAUAACCGAUGAUGCCCCAAUAAUCACCACAUCAACAAAAGAAUCGCAUGAAAAUGAUGGUGUACGCAAAUCAAUAAUACGGACCCAAAUAAAGAAUGAGACUCUACUUAGUAAGAAAAUCGAAGCUUCACGCAUUCGCAAACAACAACAAGAUCAUAAAAAGAAAUCAUCAGCACUAAAACAUAAAGUUAAUCGUAGUGACAAAUUACAAGGAAUAUUGGCAUCGAAAAUUGAUGCCAGUAUAGCGAGAGCUAAGUACGUGCAAAACGCGAGGAAAUCAAAUUGGGAUAAGACAAAUUCCAGUAUCGAAAUCCGAAACCAUAUGAUUGAAGAAGGAGCAAAGAAAGAGUUGACACAAGAGGAUAUUGACAAGAUGGAGGAAGAUGAGUAUGUGAGAAAGUUUUAUGAAGAUGAGGUUGUUGAGAAUAAAGAUGACGGAGGUGAUGGCGACGAAGAUGACGAGAAAAAGACACUGGUUAAUAACAAGUUCGCAUUGUUAGACGAAGUUGAAGCAUAG